AUGAAGAAGAAUGCCUACAUGCGAUUCACGAGGAGCCUCACGUCUCCCUACACACCGCAAGCUGUGCUGGAUGCGUAUGAUAAGUGCAAAGAUAAUACUGGUAGAGUGAAUCGAUGCAAAGUCAACGAGCUCUUCAAGCAGUACACGGAUAGCAACGAGAAGUGGGGGGAGUCGGACUUGGUCAUGACAGCGGAGGCCCGCACAGCGCAAAGGUCCCACGUCCAGAGACGCUGGAUGCUUCGAUCGGACUGGGUUCUUAAAAAUGUUUUUUCCAUAUUCGGUCAUAUAUAUACAUAUUAUAUAUACACACAUAUAUAUAUAUAUAUAUAUAUGGUUGCAGCUUCAUAUUAUUAUUUAUUGCCUGCAGGACCUGAUGCAGAAGUACAACAAUGA